GAGUUAGAACGCAGUGCAUUGUGGGACGUAGGUUGACGGUGAAGUCAAGAUGGCUGUGAACCUCAGGCAGAGCGAAGAGCCUGCUGUAGGAAGGCCGUGAAGGAAAUUUUUAAUAAAAGAUCCUUCGUCGCUGCCGGUUUAGACUUUUAAAGUUGUAAUCAAUCUGUGGAAGACUUGAUACAAUCACAGACAGCAACAGGAUAACAAACAACAGAGGAUAAAGUCUCGUAUGAAUUCCGACGAGAAGGAGGACUGUGAGUGUGCGCCACCGCAGGCCGAGACCAGCCCUGCAGGAGGACCAUAUAGAGACUACGAGGAGCCUGAAAUAGAAAACCCAGAAGCAAGCCGAAUGAAGCGAGCAGCUGCUAAACAUCUAAUAGAGCGCUACUACCACCAGUUAACAGAGGGCUGUGGGAAUGAGUCCUGCUCCAACUCAUGGUGUGCCUCAUCAGCCGGCUUCACCCGCAUGGAUAACAACGCAGCGGCCGUCAAAUCCCUGGAGCUCUACAAGGUCAACGCCAAGCUAUGUGACCCCCACCCCUCAAAGAAAGUCACUGCCUCGGCCUACCUGGAGAGCAGCGCUCACAGCAACUCCGCCUGCAGUAACCGAAAGUUGACCCAUAAAGAUGUCCACUCUGUACGGGACAAUUUCAAAGAUGUAAAUUACCUGACGGAGGAGAAAGUGUAUGAGAUCUUGGACAUCUGUGGAGAGAAGGAAGAUUACUCCCCUCUGAUCAGGGUAAUAGGUCGGGUGUUCUCCAGUGCUGAAGGCCUGGUGCAGAGCUUCAGGAGGUCCAAACCUCACACUAAAGAGGAACUCAAGUCCCUCCAAGGUAAGGACGAGGACAAGGACGAGGAUGAGAAGGAGGCCGCUGCCUGUUCUGCUACAGCUAUGGAGGAGGACUCCCCCGCCUCCUCUUCGUCAUCAAGAAUCGGAGAGGGCUCCUCGGGGGAAAAUGAUGUCCAAAAGCUGGGCCCUGAUGAGGUUUCGGUGGACAUCGAAGCUGUGCGGCGGGUCUUUGAGCGCCUGCUGUCCAAUGAGAAGAUAGAAGCUGCCUUCCUGAAUGCACUGGUCUAUCUCUCACCAAACGUAGAGUGCGAUCUGACAUACCACAAUGUGUAUUCACGAGACCCAAACUACCUGAACCUGUUUGUUAUAGUGAUGGAAAACAGCAACCUCCACAGCCCAGAGUACCUGGAGAUCGCCCUCCCCCAGUUUUGCAAGGCCAUGAGCAAACUCCCUCUGGCAGCUCUGGCCAAACUGGCACGCCUGUGGUCGCACUACAGCACAGAGCAGAUUCGGCGCAUGGUGGAGACCUUCCAGCAGCUCAUUACCUACAAGGUGAUCAGUAACGAGUUCAACAGCCGCAACCUGGUCAAUGAUGAUGACGCAGUGGUGGCAGCCACCAGGUGCUUGAAGAUCGUCUACUAUGCAAACGUGCUGGGCGGCGACCUCGACAUGGAGCACAACGAGGAUGAGGACGAGGAGCCCAUCCCAGAGUCCAGUGAGCUCACGCUGCAGGAGCUGCUGGGGGAGGAACGGCGAAACAAGAAGGGCCCUCGGGUGGAUCCGCUGGAGACAGAGUUGGGGAUCCGCACCAACGACUGCCGACGUCCGCUCAUUGCCUUUGAGGAGUUUGUCAAUGAACCUUUAAACGAGGUGCUGGAGAUGGACAAGGACUACACUUUCUUUAAGGUUGAAACUGAAAACAAGUUCUCCUUUAUGACCUGCCCCUUCAUCCUGAACGCUGUCACCAAGAACCUGGGUCUGUACUAUGACAACCGCAUCCGCAUGUACAGCGAGCGGCGUAUUACUGUGCUCUACAGUCUGGUGCAGGGUCAGCAGCUCAACCCCUACCUGAGGCUCAAAGUGCGGAGAGACCACAUUAUUGAUGACGCUCUGGUCAGGCUGGAAAUGAUAGCAAUGGAGAAUCCUGCAGACUUAAAGAAGCAGCUGUAUGUGGAGUUUGAAGGAGAGCAAGGUGUUGAUGAAGGAGGUGUUUCCAAAGAAUUCUUCCAGCUGGUGGUGGAGGAGAUCUUCAACCCAGAUAUUGGCAUGUUCACAUACGACGAGCGCACCAAACUGUUUUGGUUCAACCCUUCAUCAUUGGAAAACGAAGGCCAGUACACUCUGAUCGGCAUCGUCCUGGGUCUGGCCAUCUAUAACAACUGUAUUCUGGAUGUCCACUUCCCCAUGGUGGUCUACAGGAAGCUGAUGGGCAAGAAAGGAACUUUCAGGGACUUAGCUGAUGCCAACCCGGUUCUCUACCAGAGUCUGAAGGAGCUGCUGGAGUAUAAAGGCAGCGUGGAGGAGGACAUGAUGAUCACGUUCCAGAUUUCACAGACGGACCUGUUUGGGAACCCACUCAUGUAUGAUUUAAGGGAAAAUGGGGACAAGAUUCCAGUCACAAAUGAAAACAGAAAGGAGUUCGUGGCUCAGUAUGCGGAGUACAUGCUGAACAAAAGUGUGGAGAAGCAGUUCAAAGCCUUCAGGAGAGGCUUCCACAUGGUCACCAACGAGUCUCCGCUCAAGUACCUGUUCAGACCAGAGGAAAUCGAGCUGCUGAUAUGUGGAAGCAGGAACCUGGACUUUCUAGCACUUGAAGAGACGACAGAAUACGAUGGAGGUUACAACAGAGAUUCUCGAAUCAUCAAGGAGUUCUGGGAGACGUUGCACUUGUUUGGGGAGGACCAGAAGCGCCUCUUCCUGCAGUUCACCACCGGCACCGACAGAGCACCUGUGGGGGGGCUGGGCAAGCUGAAGAUGAUCAUCGCCAAGAACGGCCCCGACACUGACAGGUUACCGACGUCACACACCUGCUUCAAUGUACUGCUGCUGCCUGAAUACAGCAACAAGGAGAAGCUGAAGGAGAGACUGCUGAAAGCCAUCACCUAUGCCAAAGGGUUCGGCAUGCUCUGAGCCCGGCUCCAAGCGGACUCGUUCUCAGAAAGCCCAUCAGACCCUGCCCUUCCUUUAUCAGACACAGUCUAAGAGGUGAAAACCAGUAUGUUUUGAGGAAAGUCCAUAAUGAAAGAGGAGAAUGGUUCCAAUAGAGCUUUCCAGUAGUUCUUGUACUGUGCCUGCAUCAUCCCACAUGAGUCCGUGUAAGCACAGAGACCUCCUGAUCAAAGUCCCACCACACAUCCACACCAUGUGAGUGUGCAGCAGCCUCCCGUCUUUUCUAUGUACAGAGAGGAUCAUUGUCCUUGUUAUUUAUUUCGAGCUUCAAAUGGGUUCUUUUUCAUGCCUGCCUGUUGUGAUAGCUUCCCUACUUGAGGUUAAUAUUAAAAUAUGUAAAUUUGGGACAAUUCACUAACCAGUCAAUACAAACCCGUUUAUUGAACAAAAAUGUGUUAAAGUAGACGUGAGCUCUUGUUCACAGAGAACAUGUAGUUUUAGAGUAGUCUUUACUUUCAGACAUUGUAUUCCCACUGAAGAAGAGCUCGCUGACCAUUCCACUCACAGCCAAGUCCAUUUGUCAUCAAGUAAUUAUUGACAAAGUUACUGUGAUUUGGUCCAAAAUGGCACAUUCUGAAAUAGCUGUUGUGUUUUUGGGCCUUUUUUCCUUGGGGAGGGGGGGCACCGCAGGUUAGACUAAAAUCGUGUCAGAGCUGUGUAAGUGCACUUAGACAUUUUCAGAAUGUUUGUUUUGUGGCCACAGGCUGCCAUCAUUGUUUGAAGCAUUUUAUUUCCAUGUCUUCCUGUGUUGACGAUUCCAAAUAAAAUCAGUAUUUAUAUAUCAGUGCGGUUGGAACUACGACACCUGUUGGAGGAUGUGCAUUUGUAGACCAGUCACUGCUGAUGCUCUCAGAGACAGGAAGCACUUUGUGUCGUCUGUCUGGCUUAGUCUCUGUUCAGUUUAACCCCAGUUCAUCUGGAGCCCCACAUGUAGACUGACGGACUCAGCUCUGGUACCUGGUGGUCUGUGGUCUCUGGCCGUAGUUCCACCGUUAAUUUAGGUACAGCAUGUAUGUAUUCACAAUGCCAGGCCUGAUCCCAGAGGGGGCAGGCUAGCACUGUGAUGAUGAGGAUAGAAGUCUGAGCACAAUGUGAACAAAGUGAUGGUUACGUCAAAGCUGUAACUCUGCUCAGUCCACCUGAAGCUACUGAUGUCUGCUUUUAGACCCAUAAUGCAAAGUAAUAUCAGUGUAGAUCUGCUCUGACCUCUCACUGAUGUGUUUGUAUGAUGGACAGGAAAACAGUAACUUAUCCACCAUCAAGUCAGAGGAUGAAUUUAAAUGUGGUCUCAAAGACCGGUGACCUACCUCUGUUGAACAAACGCAAAGCUGUCACCCUGGAUCUGUUAGUUCAACACAUGUAUUUAGGCUAACUGUGUCUGCUCUAAGCUAGGCUCAGCGUGUCCUACAGCUACGUACAGAUACCACUGACGGUGAUGGUCUGCUCUGGCUCUGUGGACGCAUCACUGGGAUCACAUUUCUAUUUGGAUCUGUCACAGUCGAUGAGAAUGAAAACAGGUGUAAACACUGUCUCUGGAACAGUCCUAAAUACUUUAAGAGCACUAUUGAACAAUCAUUUUAACCACUUAUUUGAAAGUAGGUGUGGUAGGUCACUGUGUAUAUUAGCUCUAUUCUACAUAAUACACACACAUUACAGACCAUGUGCUGUGUGUCUUUUUUAUUAUUAUUAUUGGGAUUCUCUCUACCGUUGGGUGUGUCCAGUACAAUAUGAAGAUCAAGUUUAGUCUUUUCAAGUCGAGCUUUACUUAAACUUCUCUACCAGACAGGCAUGUUCAUUGUGAUAGAUUACAAUGCUUAUAGAUUUUUACCUUGAACAGUGUAAGAAAUCCAAAACCAUAGCAUACAUGAGAUCAUGUUCAGUUAUGUAAGACACACACACUUUCCUUUCACAUUGACCUUUUGUUUAACUUUCAAAUAAGUGGUUGAGAUCAUUGUGGUGAACUUAAUAAAGGUGUUUGUUAACCCUGAACUGUUGAGCUGUCUGAACAGUUUCCCCUCUUCUUUGGAUUUGUUAUUAAAUGGUGAAGCAUUUAUGACCAGCUUUUCAGAGUCCUGGUCCUAAUCGGUAUAUGGAGCUGGCUCAUGUGUCGUUACUACAUGUGGACCUUCAGUCCCGGGGUACCUAGUGGUCCAACAUGGGGGCAGAUGGUGACCCCUGUCUCAGAAUGUCAAUGUCUUCUUCCUGCAGUCUUGUGUUUAUGUCGAGGACCACCAAGAGACUGAAUGAACACUAGAAACAGACAUCAACUGUCUGUGAACACCAGACCCAAACCACCCUCAGCAUCCACUUGGAAGAGGUCAUGGAGCAGGAGUCAGUGGACAGCUGAGGAAAGACAGACAGAGGUCACCAUCUCUCCUGUUGCCAUGAGCCCAUCACGUCAUUACUCCUGAGCCAGCUUCAUGGUAGCUAAGCAGCUUUUUGUCCACAGCUGUUAUUUAAGAAACAAACAAAUAUUCCAAUGUAGUCCGAGCAGAUGAGAGUUGUGUUGUCUCUGGUGAAUGAGGUUCCUGCUGCCCCAGUGAUGCGUCUGCAGGAGGUCUGUCUACACACCACUGAACCACAGUGCUGUACUCACCAACCCUGAGCCAUUCUUUCUGUUCUCUUGCUCUUACUUUGUCAUCGUCAUGGUUUCAGACGGACCUGGGCAACAUGACGUUGGAGAACAGUCUUCAUUGGAGAGUGAUGGAGAGUUACUACAGCAUAUUGUAUGUUUGUAAUACUGCAGUAUCCUCGACCAUGUGGAACUCUGUAUCACUUCAAAGGUUCAGGAUUACUUUCCUGUUAUUGAGCCCAGGUCUGGUUUCAGCUGUUUAACAUUAAUGUGUAACUGCGUUUUGAUGCUGCUCACGUGAACAUGUGAAAGGGCUCUAGAGCCAAGUGGAGAUGAAAGGUCAAAGGUCAAUCUGAUCUUGGAAAGGAAGGUGGUUUUCAUCAACUGGCAUUCUAAAAGAUACAAACUGAUGAAAGGCUACAAGUAUUCCGUGUUGUGAAAACAUGCUAAAUAAAGAUGACAGCUUUUUUUCCAA